UUAUUUAGUUUUUAAAGAUCGCGGUAGGUUAUCUUUGUUUAAUAAGACAGACUUGUGUUUGUUCUUGUGCUCGAUUUCAUGAGAACUACGAAGCAUCUUUGACCAAUCAUAUACUUUGUUUAUAGAAAAGAACUGACAAAAUUUGUUGAGCAAUUGCGCAUUUCAAAAUCCUUUAUGUUCAGCGAAUUGACUAAGAACUAAACGUAGUUCCAAAAUUUGUACAUUCGUUUACAAGAAAAUUUGUUUGUAUUUAAGCCUUUUAAAUCUGUAAAGAAAAUGAAGUUACUUCUUUUGCUGACGUGUGCUGUAUGGGUUGCUCAAGCGUAUGUGUCUGAACUAGAUCUUUUCAAGGAAGAAUGGGAGCUAUUUAAACUGCAAUUCAAUAAGUUAUAUGAAGAGAUGGAAGAUGCUUUUAGGAUGAAAGUAUUUCUAGAAAAUAAGCAUAAAAUAGCUCAUCAUAACAGAUUGUUUCAGCAAGGAAAAAAGUCCUACAAGCUUGAUAUGAACAAAUUUGGAGACAUGCUCCAUCAUGAAUUUGUCGCAACUGUUAAUGGCUUCAAGCGUAAUUAUGCAGAAAGUUUAUCAAAUGGAUCCACUUUCCUGACUCCUGCAAAUCUCCAUGCUCCUGCUUCUGUUGACUGGAGACAAGAGGGAUAUGUGACGCCUGUCAAAGAUCAAGGGCAAUGUGGCUCUUGCUGGUCAUUUAGUGCUACUGGUGCACUGGAAGGCCAGCAUUUUCGUAAGACAGGGAAAUUGGUGUCCCUAAGCGAACAAAACCUCAUAGAUUGUUCUACAAAAUAUGGAAAUGAAGGUUGCAAUGGCGGGUUGAUGGAUCAAGCAUUUGAAUACAUAGAGUACAAUCAUGGCAUCGACUCUGAAGAGUCAUACCCAUAUAAAGCCAAGCAAGGACGAUGUCACUACAAGAAACAAGACAGAGGUGCCACCGAUACUGGUUUCAUAGACAUACCAUCUGGUGAUGAAACAAAACUGAUGGAAGCUGUUGCUUCUGUUGGACCUGUGUCCGUUGCCAUAGAUGCCAGUCAUGAAACAUUCCAGUUUUACAAAACAGGCGUUUACGAUGAAAUGGAAUGUAACAAUGAGACCCUUGACCACGGAGUACUAGUCGUUGGUUAUGGGACUUCUGAUCGUGGUGAAGAUUACUGGAUUGUGAAAAACAGUUGGGGCACAUCUUGGGGCGAAGAAGGAUACAUCCGGAUGUCAAGAAACAAAGACAAUCAGUGUGGCAUUGCGACGAGUGCCAGCUAUCCGUUGGUGUGAUUUUUUUUGACCAAAAACUUCUUUUGCAUUUAUAUUACUUUUAUAUUAGAACUGGGAGUUCUGUGCUAUUUACAUAUAUGUUUAAUAAAGUCUUCAUGCUUUUACAA